AUGGGCAUGUUUGACACAAGGAGAAAUGGGGGAGGAACAGGGAAGGUCUAUGCAAUAUCCAGAGAAACGGUGCCAGGUCGAGUAUUGACAUUUUCAUCUUACCCCGGGGCUCUUACAUCCGGUGAUGAUUAUUAUCUGCUUUCCUCUGGCAUGGUUUCCAUGGAAACUACAAUAGGUAACAGUAAUUCUGAUUUAUGGAGGUUUGUACAACCAACCGUGAGUGUCUUAGAAGGGGUGCGAUCUGUUGUAGCUAAUAGAAUAGCAAAAUCUGGUAUGGAAUGGGCUUCAACUUUCGCGACAUACAAUAGUGGAACGUACAAUAAUGAAUGGAUGAUAGUAGAUUAUAAACAAUUCCAACGUGGAAACCGUAAUCUUAAACCUGGUCUGCUUGUAGUUUUAGAACAGAUUCCUGGUAUGGUCACUUAUCAAGAUUUAACUGCACUUCUCCAAACUAAUACAUAUUUUGCCAGUUAUAACGUUGCAUAUUUUCCUGGAGUAUUUAAUGCUAGUGGAGGAAAUGAAAUGGUGAAAAAAUAUGGUGAUUGGUUUUCCUACAAUUAUACUGCGAGAGCAAAUAUUUUCCGUAGAGAUCAUGGAAAUGUUAGAGAUAUAGAUUCCAUGAUGAAGUUAAUGAGGUACAAUGAUUAUACCAAGGAUCCAUUAUCUCGAUGUAAUUGUACACCACCCUAUAGUGCUGAAAAUGCCAUCUCGGCCAGAAGUGAUCUAAAUCCCGCAAAUGGCACAUUUUCUAUAUCUGCAUUGGGUCAUAGAGCUCAUGGUGGUAUAGAUAUGAAGUUAACCAAUUUUGAAAUGUUUAAAACAAUGGAAAUGGUUGCUAUUGGUGGUCCGACCUACGACAAUCUUCCCCCCUUUCAAUGGAGCCAGUCUGACUUUGCUUCCCAUAUUUCACAUUUAGGUCACCCAGACAAAUUUAUGUUCAAACCAAUUCGAUAUAAUGGUACUGUUCCAGCAGCUGCUUACCCAUAAUUAGUUUUAACUGUGAUAUUUUUGUCUGCAUUGGUAAUAAUCAAGGCAUCAAUGUAAGAUGUUACCCUGGUGUUUAUUAAGAUAAAUGUCUCACCAAUAUUAUAUAGUUUAAUAAGCUCAAGAAAUUUAUAUUAUAUAACUAAAAGUUACACCUUGACAAGCACUUAACCAAGGUGUUUUUAAUUUUAUAUUAUAUCAUAUUCACUACCCAGUGUGGACUUCAGAUUUAUUGAAAAUUUAAGCACUUUUGGUCAGGAAUUGACUAAUAACCUCACAUUUACUUACUAUUGAAUAUGAACAUUCCUGAUCCAGUUGUAUAGUCAAAUUACAAGAAAUAUUUUUACCACUGGCUGGUGAUCACAUUUCAUUCAGUCUUUUUGUAAGAAUUUGUGGAUACUGUUAAAACAAAUAAUCUUUGUUUUGUUGAAAUCAGAUUUCACUGUCCAUGCUGAACUUCUUAAAGACCUAGGAUGAUAUUAAGCAGUUGUCAUUUUAUUGCAUAAAUACAACUAAUCCACAAGUGACUUAUCAAGACUUAUUUAUUACUUAUUUGGUGAAUAAUGAUGUUGAAAUUUAAAAGUUAGAUUUGUUGACAUGUAUUGUAUUUCAUUGACAACAAAUAACUUAUUUUUUUUAUGAAGAGUAUCAUUAAUAAUUAUGUACAUGUGUAUUAUUAUUAGGCAAGUUUAAACCAUUACUUUUUUAAAUGCAUGUUUGUUUUGGAAUUGAGAUGUAUACAUGUAACAUAAUAUUUUGAAUAAUAGUUACCAUCUUGUCAAACUAUAAUAAUGGUUUUGUAAUAUUAUAUAUUCAAAUCAUGGCUUUUAUAUUAAUAAAACUAUUGCCAAUAAUAUUUGUAUCUAACUGUAAAUUGUACAAUAUUUUGAUAUUAUUAUUAUUAAUGAAAGAAUUGUCAUAAUAUCGACAAUAUUAUGUUACUUUAUGUAGAUUGUAAAAUUUAAAUAUCAUAUGAAAUCAUUUCCCCUUUGCCUUAUAGAGGAAGGUAAUUGAAACUAGUCUUUUACAAUGGUGUCUAUUAAACAAAAACUAGAUGGCAUAAUUAUAUUGCUCACGAAUUUAACCUCAAUAUUGCCUUUAUACAGUAAUAGUAGUUAUUAAAUGUUUUAUUAAUAAACAAUGUUUUUUGUGGUUUUUUUUCAUUCACAAAUAAUAUAUAAAAAAGAGUAUUUCAUAUAAAGCAUGUUUUUGUAUCAAUCUAAUAAUAAUGUUUCAACUGAAUAGUCUUCCACAGUGGGAGACAAUUGAGAUUUUGUAAAAGAUGGCUGCUGAAUUUUUUCUGAAAUUUCACUGUGUGUAAAAUUUGAACUGAUGUUGUCAAAAAUGAUAUAAAUUGUGAUUGUAACUUUGUUUGAUAUUAUAUUAUGUGUAAUUUGAUUGUUGAUAAUUUGUAUUUGUUAUAUAAGAGAUAAAUAUUAAACACAAUAUUCAAUAGUUGGUUGGAAAGCUUUGUUGUUAUAAUAUUUAACAUAUAUAAGUUUGUUAAGUGCUAAAUAUUUGGUAUGAAAUUUACUUUUUUUGUAAAUAUGUUAACUACUUGUAAAUAUUUAAAGAGUGAAGAGAUCAGUGUGGAACUAUAUUAUUUAAUUUUGUUGAAAAUAAACUG